AUGGUUGCGUGGAGAGAAGCUGGCAUCACCUAUGUGCGAUAUUCGCAGAUUGCAGCUCAGGUGACAAGGCAAUGUACGAAGAAGGUGGCGGAAACUGCAGAGAAAGGCAGGAAAUACAGUCGUGAGCCUACUCUGAAGAUAGCUGUUUGGCAAAAUGGAAAGCCUAUCGAGACCAAACAAGAACAAGGCAACAAAUAA